AUGUCUGUCUCGUUCCAAACACUACCUGUGGAAAUUCUCUUUAUGAUUGCCGAAGAUGUCGGUUGUGCCAAAAUGCGAAGAAUGAAAGACUGCAGUCUCACGGUCUGCUCUGCAUGGUAUGCAGUCGCAAUUCAGGUUUUGUAUGAAAACUUCCAACUCACUGCCGAAACCUUCCAACGUCUCGCCUCCAAGAACCGCUCCAAGCACGUCGUAAAGGGCAUUGAACGGUUCACCAAGCGAAUCGACUAUGGUGCUCCCAAGGUCAUGGGAUCAAACAGACAUUGGCAUUCGAACAAAGGCUCAUACGAACACGACCGGUACGGUGCGGUGCCCCUGGGCCCGGAACUUCUUCACACCACUAUCGCUCGCAGUGGUAGUCUUCGCUCCUUCAGUGUAAAGUUCACGGAUGAAUAUUCGCAAAACAUUCGGCUUCACGAUCGGUAUGAUCUCGGCUUGGUUGCAGCCCUCAGGUAUUGCAACCUCAAGAAUCUGGAAAUCAGCACGAUCGAAGCACCGGGAUGGGACGAACCAGUACCCUGCACGGCAGCCCUCUCACAGCUGAUUGCACGAUUGGACACGGUUUCUCUCCGGAUGAAGUACAUCUGUCCCAAACUCCUCGAAUACAUCUGUCCCCUCGAAUUCGAUCCGCAACUUUCACCCUAUCCUCUUAUCCCAGGGACAGAGCCGACCAAGGUGAAGUACACGAUGGACCCGGCCGACGUUAAGCUCAAAAGCCUGACCAUUUUUCUUACUGGCGUUCAUGACCAUCGUACCCGGCAGCGUGUUGGGCAUAACCCAUUCUUCAGCUAUCGAUGUGGUGGACACAACCCCGGGGUGGAUCUCCUUCAACCCAUGCUCGAUGGAGCUGCAGCUCUUGUUCAGUGUGUUCCAACCAUCGAGCACUUGUGGGUUGUAGGAUGUUUCCAGCCGGGCACCACAUCGGCUGUUCUUGAGGCCCAGGACGUUGCAAAGGGGGUGCGCCGAGUGAUUCCACCUGCAGUGUGGCAGAGAAGCGGUUUUGAUGUGACAGCCAACCAUUUGUCCAUCUACAACCGUGAGGUGGACACUCACAUUGAAGAAGUGGAGUAG